AUUAUUAGCAAUCCUUUCAUCAAUACAUGUAAGAGGGCGCUAUUUUGCUUUUGUCACACAAGGUACUCCUUGUCAAAAGUGCAUAUGAACAGUACAAAAAAUAGUCCCUCAAACUUACCCACAAAAAAACAAGUUUUGAAGAAAUAUUGGCCACUACCAUUGUCCAAACAAGCUUUUUAACAUGAUAAACAGUAAAAAGUGGAACUUACUCCAAGAAAAUGAUGAAAUGUUUGGUUAUAUUUGUUCACAACGCUAUGGAGACGCUUCUGUUCUGCCUUGAAUGACAUCACGCUUUGGCUCAUGAAUAUGGAAAUUUUCAUUGGCAUAAAAACAGAAAUGUUGAAAUUUCUCCCUUUUACUGCUACAAAGGAGGUGGAAAGUCAUAGUAACAUGGCAAGAAAGCUGUUUUAAAUGUAUUUAAGUCAUAAAAAUCCCAUUACAUGUUCCUUUUAACGACCGUGUGCAACUGGAUCCGAGUUUGUGGAGUGGGCGUAUUGGAUGACUUAAAAUGUAAAACCAUAUGGUGUUGUACUGAUGGAAAUUUGUUCUCUUUUUUACCAAGCUGAUUCUCUAUGUCUUUAUAUUAGAAAAAAAUAGUAGUUGCCAAAUGGCAGGGGUUUCAGGCAUUCGGUCUUACUAAUAAAAACUAGCAAGUAGCAAAUGCUAGGAAGUUUCAGCAAAAAAAGUAAAAACAUUUACUCAGUGCAGUAAGGAAAAGCAAAUGCUUAAUUCCGUAUGAAUAUUCCCUUUUCUGUUCAGCAUUUAUAGACAACAUCUUGAUUUGGACUUUUACCUUAUUUAUGUACACCCUAUGUGAGGCAGUUAUACGCAAAAGAGACCAUAUGUUGUUGACAAUCAUUCGUCCGUGACUCCGUGAAAACAAUCCAACAGUAAGAAUUACUGUUGGAUUGUUUUCAUGGAUGAAUGGUUGUCAACGAACUGCCACACAUAGGGUUUACAUAACUAGGGUAAAUACAUGUAGUAUAGUAUAUUUUGAUCCUUAAAUGCUUAAGACACUUUUCGCCAGUUGCAGAAUACAUAAAGAAUACAUUAUUCAUUAAAAUUGUAAGGUCCAAACAGUGUCCUAUAGACGUCACAAUUGCAUACAAAAAUCACAGACAAGUGUUAAAAGCGGGUAAAUCAUACCAAUAUUCAAUACACAGAGGUUUUUGUUUAUUGAGAUAUUCAAUAAAUAUAAUAGUUUGCAAAGAUUGGUGACCUAAAUAAAUGGGCCCCACAUAUAUUAUCAAUUCCCGGAACUAGUCUUGGCUGUGAGUAAACAUCAACCUCCCAUUUUUCACAGUCAUUUACGAGCAAAAAGGGCAGUCCAGGCUUCUUCGAAAGUAACCCAUUUUCCCUCCCCGCCCGGCCCGAAAAAGUUUCUAUAGACUUGAGUCAAGUACGAGUCAAGUCUAGUGUGAUUUGAGCGCAGUGAUCCGUCGCAAGACCGCUGUCAUUCGCUCGAGGGUUCGAGGCUUGUUGUUAUAGACCUUUCUUUUGUUUGUAAAUAUUGACACCAUUUUAUACGGACUGCCGCAAGGCACAUAAACUGAAGCCGGGGUUGGCCUUAUUUUUCCAGAAAACGUCAUCAUUACGCUCCCAAUCACAGUCAAAAGGUAUGUGUAGAAUUUAUGUCGUAAGUUUAUUGACAAUGUUGUAUUUCCAACAAUCAAAUAAUGUUUUCGUUUUCUUUAAUACAUUUUGUAACUCUUCAUUUUUGCAUCGUUGGACCUUCCAUAGCUUUGCAACCCGUUAUUGGCAAAAAUGCAGGUUGCCAACCAAGCGUAGAAAAGUCUAUUGAAGCAUUGUGCAAAACAUUUCCCAACCAAGUUCGGAAAGAACAUGGACCGCCAUUGUUGAUACCGUAUUAAAAUUAUUUCAUGUUUAUGAACGGGUUGAAAAUUGUUGCUUUUAUUGUAGUAGCUACAAAUCUGUGUUUUAUGUAUUCGGUAUUCUGUUGGUCCUGUCAUCGCUGCACGGGUUCAAUGACUUCAGUUUGAGCUUACGCCCUGACGAAUUGUAUAGCAGAUAAAACGAACUUAACUUGAGAAUACAGGGAAUACCGCCAUGGAGUUUAAUCGUUAUGGUUGUUUCAUCACACUGUUCGCAUUUAUCAACAAUCUGAUAUGGGGAUGUGUUGUCAAAAGUAUGGGCGUUUUACUGCCGACUCUACGGGAACAAUUUACAACAGAAACGUGGAUCAUUGGAACAGUGGCAGCACUGAUGGGGGCCACAUCUGAUGUUGCAGGUCUCUUAACACUGCCUUUGGAAAACGUAUUUGGUUGUCGGCGAGUGCUGAUUUUCAAUAGUGUGGUUGGAAGCAUCGGUUUGGUAUUGGUGGCCUUUGCAACAAGCACUGUACACUUCGCCCUAGCUUUCUGUACUCUUGCAGGACCUGCUUUUGGUAUUUCUGGAGUCCUUAGUAAAGCCUUAUUAGCACGUCAUUUCACCAAGCACUAUGCCUUGGCUUGUGGGUUAGGCUACUCUGGACAAGCAGUAGCACUUCUUACUUUCGCCCCGUUGACGCAACUUUUCCUGGACACUUACGGUUGGAGGGGAGCAGUGUUACUUAUUGGUGGAUUCAGUAUGCAUCACUUACCAAGCGCUCUUGUAGUGAGAGACGCCAAACCACAGUACGAGUCACUGAAAGACAGUCCCUGUGAUAAUCCUGAUAACACCGAUCAUGGUAGACGUCAGGGGGGAAAUGAGAGUGAUGACGGUACCAUCUCUAUCAAGGCGUUCUGGCUUCGUCUCUGCAAAGCGUUAGACUUGGCUAUAUUCUUUGAGUUCAAUUUCUGGAUCGUUCUCACCUGCCGUUUUGGGAUCACCAGUACCUUCGUUUCUUGGCUGCUGUAUUUCGUUCCUCAUCUUCAAGUCAAAGGUUUCUCGCCCCAAGUAGCUGCCUCGCUCUGCACAGCGGCUGCUGUUGGAUUUGCCUUCGGAACAGUCAUCUGGUCGCCUUUCAUUGACAGAGGUCUCAUCAAGUGCUCAACAGCGAUAAUUAUCAGCAGCCUCGCUCUGACCUUCUCGUUUGUGGUUGAUCCUUGGGUGAAUGAAGUCAUCGGUUACGUCAUCAUCACCUUUAUCUAUGGAUUAUUUGCCUCUGCGCUCUACACUCUCAUUGACGUCAUAACCAAAGAUUUGAUAAACCAUGAUCGGCUUGUCAGCGCUUUCGGAUGGAUGAGGGCGUUCUUCGUAGGCCGUCUAAUCGCCGGUUUUCUACCAGGCUGGAUAUACGAUGCAAGCGGCACCUAUGACAUGGCGUUCAUCCUUCUUGGCCUCAUACAAACCGCUUCACUGAUUCCACUGAUUAUCGGGAUACUGCGAAAAACAUUCUAGGACUAAAGGAGGACCAUCGCCUACCAAGCCCGCGGGAACGGGGGUGGGGGAUGCUGUGGGUGCUGCAGCACCCCUAUAACUGUUUGGAUUUAGGUGCUGGAAUAUGCUUCAG